GGUGGCUUCCCCGGGUCCACAACUCUAUCCCCUUAUCCUCGCCCCCCUUCGUUAUAAACCUAAACCCUGAACUCUUCCUUGUCCGACGAUUACCGCUUUGCCUUCCAUGGCUCUUCAGGCUUCCUUCCUUCCUUCGGCUCUCUCAGCUCACAAAGAGGGGAAGGCUAAUGGAGGACUUAAGGAGUCGGCUUUCUUGGGGCUCUCUCUUUCUGACCACUCCAAGUUCGAGUUUGGUUCUUCGGUUCUUAGGAGCAACAAGAGGUUGAAUCUUUCGGUUGGAAUUCGAGCCCAAACGGCGGCCACCACCCCGGCCGUCACCCGCGCCGCCCCGGACACCAAGAAGACUCUCCGCAAGGGGAACGUGAUCGUGACGGGAGCGUCGUCUGGGCUCGGGCUCGCGACGGCGAAGGCGCUGGCGGAGACGGGGAAGUGGAACGUCAUCAUGGCGUGCCGCGACUUCCUGAAGGCCGAGCGAGCGGCGAAGGCGGCGGGCAUGCCGCGGGAAAACUACCAGGUGAUGCACCUGGACCUGGCGUCGCUGGACAGCGUGCGCCAGUUCGUGGAGGCGUUCCUGCAGUCGGGGCGGCCGCUGGACGUGCUGGUCUGCAACGCGGCGGUCUACUACCCGACGGCAAAGGAACCGACCUACACGGCCGACGGGCUCGAGAUGAGCGUGGGGGUCAAUCACCUAGGACACUUCCUUCUCGCACGCCUGCUCGUCGACCACAUGAAGGCCUCCGACUACCCCUUCCGCCGCCUCAUCAUCGUCGGCUCCAUCACCGGAAACACAAACACCCUGGCCGGAAACAUACCACCGAAGGCGAACCUCGGCGACCUCAGAGGCCUCGCCGGCGGACUCAACGGACUCAGUGGAUCCACCAUGAUCGACGGCGGCGAAUUCGACGGCGCCAAGGCCUACAAAGACAGCAAGGUGUGCAACAUGCUAACAAUGCAGGAGUUCCACCGGCGGUUCCACGAGGAGACAGGCAUCACCUUCGCCUCCCUCUACCCAGGUUGCAUCGCCACCACCGGCCUCUUCCGCGAGCACAUCCCCCUCUUCCGCCUUCUCUUCCCGCCCUUCCAAAAGUACAUCACCAAAGGCUUCGUCUCCGAAGAGGAAUCCGGCAAAAGGCUUGCACAGGUGGUGAGUGAUCCGAGCUUGUCCAAGUCGGGAGUGUACUGGAGCUGGAACAGCAACUCGGCGUCGUUCGAGAACCAGCUGUCGGAGGAAGCCAGUGACGCUGAGAAGGCCAAGAAGGUGUGGGAGCUGAGUGAGAAGCUGGUUGGGUUGGCUUGAUUAAGAGUUCUUCUGGCUGAGCAAAUUGGUUUGUGUUUCAGUCUAGUUGAGUUGUGCCAUGUGAAGCUUUCAUUAAGUGUUUGCAGAAAUUGCUUGUAAAAUUUUGAGGUGCAGAGAGGGAAUAAAAGGUUUGGGAUGUUGAAGCAUUGA